AUGGCUGAAAUCGUUAUCUCUGCUUUCCUCGCUGUUGCUUUUGAGAAGUUGGCCUCUGGAGCUUUGAAGAAACUUGCUCACUCUGUGGGGAUUCAAUCCCAGCUGAAGAAAUGGGAGAGGCUAUUAUCGCAACUCCAUGAUCUUCUGUCUGACGCUUCUCAGAAGGAAAUAACUAAUAGAUGUGUGAAACAGUGGUUAAAUAGUCUCCAACAUUUAGCUUAUGACAUAGACGACAUACUCGAUGAUUUGGCAACUGAAGCUAUGCAUCGUGAGUUGACCGAAGAAUCUGGAACAACCACUAGCAAGGUAAAAAAGCUUAUCCCAACUUGUUGCACAAGUUUCUCACUAAGUGCUAGGAUGCAUGGAAAGUUAAAUAAAAUCACCAUCAAGUUACAAGAUCUAGUAGACGAAAAUCGUACUCUUGGGUUGACUGUGAAAGAUGGAAAGUCAAGAAAUACAAAUAGAAGAUCUCAAACUUCUUUGGUAGAUUCAUCAAGUAUUGUUGGAAGACAAGUUGAUAAAGAGGCUUUGCUCCACAAGCUAUUGGGGGAUGAAGGAUGUAAACAAAACUUUAGCAUCGUGCCCAUUGUUGGCAUGGGUGGGGUAGGUAAAACCACUUUGGCUAGACUUUUGUAUGACGAAAAGCAAGUGAAGGAACAUUUUGAACUCAAGGCGUGGGUUUGUGUUUCUGAUGAGUUUGAUAUCUUCAAUAUAAGCAACAUUAUUUUUCAAUCCGUAGUCGGGGAAAACAAAGAGUUUAAGGAUUUAAAUCUGCUUCAAGUAGCUUUAAAAGAGAAACUCUCAAUGAAACGAUUUCUACUCGUUCUUGAUGAUGUAUGGAGCGAAAGCUAUGGUGAUUGGGAAAUUUUAGCACGACCAUUUCUUGUAGGGGCACCGGGAAGUAAAGUUAUCAUCACAACUCGGAAGUUGUCAUUGCUUAUGCAACUCGGUUAUGAUCAACCAUAUCGUUUAUCCUUAUUGUCACAUGAUGAUGCUUUAUCUUUAUUUUGUAAACAUGCAUUGGAUGUAAAUAACUUUGAUUUACAUCCGAAACUUAGACAACAUGGUGAAGGUAUUGUGAAAAAAUGUGAUGGUUUGCCUUUGGCUUUGAUAGCACUUGGGAGAUUGUUAAGGACAAAAACGGAUGAAGAAGAAUGGGAGGAGUUGUUGAAUAGUGAGAUAUGGAGCCUAGAAAAGGGUGAUGAGAUUGUUCCCGCUCUUAGGCUAAGCUACAAAGAUCUAUCUGCCUCUUUGAAGCAGUUAUUUGCAUAUUGUUCCUUAUUCCCUAAGGACUACGUGUUUCACAAAGAGGAGCUUAUUCUUUUAUGGAUGGCAGAAGGAUUUUUGCACCAAUCAUUUUCCAACAAGUCAACAGAACGCUUGGGUCAUGAAUAUUUUGAAGAGUUGUUAUCAAGGUCUUUUUUUCAACAAGCACGUAAUGAGAAAUCAUUGUUUGUGAUGCAUGACUUGAUGAAUGACCUUGCAACAUCUGUUGCUGGAGACUUCUUUAUACGGAUUGACAAUGAUAAUGAGAAAGGUGUCAAGAAGGAAGCUAUGGAAAAGUAUCGGCAUAUGUCUUUUAUUCGUGAGGAAUAUAUCGUUUACAAGAAGUUCAAGGGAUUUGAAAAAGCUAAGAGUUUGCGAACAUUCUUAUCGGUGUCAUUCGAGGUGAAAAGAUGGUGGCAAAACUUCUACUUCUCUAAUAAAAUUCUAGUCGAUUUCCUCAUGGAGUUGCCAUUGUUAAGGGUUUUAUGUUUGAGAGAUUAUGAGAUAACCGAGUUACCAGAGUCAAUUGGUAGAUUAAAGCACUUGCGAUAUCUUAAUUUAUCUCGAACUAGAAUCACACAUUUGCCUGAAAACGUCUCCAACCUUUAUAAUUUAGAGACACUGAUCGUUUCUGGGUGUCGUAAUUUGAAAAGGUUGCCCAACAGCUUCGUAAAGCUUAAAAACUUGCGCCAUUUUGACAUUACAGGUACUCCGCUUUUGAAUAAAAUGCCAUUAGGGAUCAGUGAGUUGAAAAGCCUACAAAUUCUCACCAAGAUUGUUAUUGGAGGAAAUAAUGGCUAUGCAAUAACCGAGCUUAAAAACUUAAAGAAUCUACAUGGAAAAUUUUACAUCACAGGGCUGGAUCAAGUGCAAAACGCAAUUCAUGCAGAACAAUCUUGCUUAUUGGAAAAGAGGUUUAGUGAGUUAAAGCUGGAAUGGAAUGAUGUAUGCGAUAGCUCUAGGAAGGAAAUACUCGAUAAAAAGGUCCUUAACGUGUUGAAGCCUCAUCAAGAUAACUUGAAAAAGCUCAAAAUUCUGUCAUAUCGGGGUGUAGAUUUUCCAAAUUGGGUGGGGGAUUCCUCGUUCCAUCGGUUGACUUAUGUGUCCAUAAGAAACUGUAAAAAAUGCAUUUCUCUACCACCACUUGGACAUCUACCAUCACUUAAGAAGUUGUUUAUUCAAGGCAUGGAUGAGGUGAAAGUAGUAGGUUUGGAGUUAUUGGGAACAAGUGUUUCAUUCCCUUCACUUGAAAUUCUAAGUUUUCGAGAUAUGCAAGGGUGGGAGAUAUGGUCAACAAAUUCUGUUGUUGUAGAUACAAUGUUCCCAUGUCUUCAAGAGCUUUGCAUAGACGAUUGUCCUAAUUUGGUUGAAAUCUCGCUUAAGUCGCUUCCAAGACUAAAUACUCUUAAAAUAAUCGGGUGUGAUAAUGUUGUGUUGACAAGUCUAGUUCAUGUAGCUUCAUCGAUCAAGAUAUUGGAAAUGUGGCAUAUUUUUGGGCUUUCGAAUGAGCUUUGGGGAGGUGUUAUGAAGUAUCUUUGGAAAGUUGAAGAAGUAAGAGUCAAUUGGUGUAACGAAAUAAGAUACUUGUGGGAAUCUGAAGUAGAGGCAAGUAAGUUUCUUAUAAAUUUAAGGAAGUUGGUAGUAUGUGAAUGUGAAAAUUUGGAGAGUUUGGGAGAGAAUGAGGAGGAUAAUUGUGGGACCCAUUUAACAUCUCUUCGGAUCUUGGAGGUAUCAUUUUGUAAAAGUAUGGAGCGUUGUAGUUGUCCGGGUAGCGUUGAGACCUUGAAUAUCUCAUCAUGUCCUUCAUUGAAAUCUAUAUUCUUCCCAACAGGAGGACAAAAGCUCAAGUCACUUACCAUUGAUGAUUGUCAGAAUUUCUUGGAAAAAGAAUUCAUUGGUGGUGGAGGAGGAGGAGAGAAGACUAUAAUGCUUAGCAAUACAAGCAUGCCGAUACUUGAAGAUUUAGAGAUAAUUUGUUGGCCAAAUUUGAAGUCAAUCAUUGACUUGAGCUACUUCGUUUAUCUUACCGAAUUGGUUAUAGAAGAUUGUCCAAAUAUGGAGUCAUUUCCUGAUCACGAAUUGCCAAAUCUCACAUUCUUAAAACUUUUGGUGAUAAAAAAUUGUCCAAGUACCAAUGCUUCCUUUCCUCAUGGGCUUUGGCCUCCAAACUUGUGUACUCUCAAAAUAGGGGGGUUGAAAAAGCAAAUCACAGAGUGGGGUCCACAGAAUUUUCCAACCUCACUUGUUGAUUUAUCAUUAUGGGGAAGAUCAUCGGAAGAUGUGAGUAAUGGCAGUGAAUUGUCCCAUCUUCUUCCUUCAUCCCUUACUUCUUUUGGCAUAAACGGAUUUGAUAAACUAGAAUCACUUUCAAUGGAACUCCAACAUCUCACUUCCCUCCAACAUCUCUUCAUUCACAAGUGCCCAAAGAUGAUUCAUCUACCAAAAGCAUUGUUGCCUUCACUUUUGAGUUUGGACAUCUCCGGAUGCCCGAAUUUGAAUGAAAUGAUUAGUAGAAGAGGCUCUUACCGAUGCCUCAUCUCUGGUAUCCCCUCAGUCACAACAAUAUGA